AUGGAGCCCCGCCGCUUCCUCGAGUCAGCUACAAAAUGCUGGGCGGGCGAUGCCCCCCUUCAUGCCAAGGAAUGGAGCUUGUCCCUCAACGCGUUUGCACGCACGCAGCUGUCGCCAAAGCUUGCGCAGGCACUGCUGGAGGAGAACUUGGCGAUGCUGGAGAGCCACGACUUCAGGAUGGGUGAGUGGAGUUCCCUGGACCUCGCACUGCUGUGCAACUCCCUCCACAGGUUGGUGAUGGCCUGUGGAAGCAGUCGCGCUGCCGACCUUUCGCAGGCUGUAGUGGCCGAAGGCACUGACUUUCGAGGGCGCUGGCACCGUUUUCUGGCCGGCGUGGCCUCCGAAGCCCUCCUCUUGAGCAAGAGCUGUUCACCUCAGGAUGUGGCGCAGUUUGCCAGCGCCUUUGCCGGGGUGCCACCAGGGCCGCAGCGUGCACUGGUCUGUGAUGGUUUGACGGAACUGCUGCAAAGCCAGCAGCGUCAGGACUUUGUGGAUGCCCUCUCACUGGAGGGCCUUUGCGCCAUCCUGGUGGCGAUGGAACGCCUUGGCUGCCGUGACGAGGCGCUCCUUCGCGCGUCGGCGCGCCGUUUGAAGCGGAGCCAGACGCAGCUGACGCCCAACCAUUUGGGUCAGGUUUGCCACGCCUUGGCUCGAUGGCUGGACACCAGCUCCAAGGACCACAUGAGAGCUCACAGCCGCAACAAGCUGGGCGAGUUGGUUGACGAGCUGUUCAAGACAACGUUCUGCCCCAGGAUCGCCCACCUGGCCAGGGAGUUUCGGAAUCCCAGGCACCUCGGGUUCGUCGCCUACGCGCUCAUGCGCCUAGGCUCGCCAGGGCAGAGGACCCUCGAGACGCUGGCAGCCGCAGUGCUUGCGGCGCAGGAGGAUGCCCGGAGCACACUGCAUUUGCGCAGUUGGCCUGUGGUAUCCCUCCUUCAACUAACUGAAGCCCUGGCAGACGCGGCGCUGCGUCACCAGGCGGAAGAUGCAGUGGAGCUGCGAGCCGUGAACUCGCUGUGGCGAGCCAUUGCCGAUCUUGUUGAGACGAUGCCUGAAAAGCUGGCUUCUCCGGAGGCUGUGCGCUUUGCUGCCGCGCUGCACAGCCUCCCAGGCUUCUUGGAGUUCGCUCGUCGCACUGCCGAGGCCGUGGGCCGAAGUGCUCGUCCGCUUUCACUUCGUGACGGGACGAUGAUGCUCGGAACCUUGCAGCAGCUGGAGUUGCGCGAGGCGGCUCUCUGGAAGCCCCUCCUUUGGCAGCUUCACCGCGCAGCCGAAAAGGAGCCGUGGUCCCCUGCAGUUGCCUCCAGCAUUUUCCGGUCGCUGGAGAGGCUCGGCUGCUACGCCCAACUCUCUCCUGAGGAGGUGGACCCUAUCCUGGCUUUCUGCGCAAAGACCGCGGAAGUGCUGGAAGGUCUCGUGGUGGACACGGAGUCGCAACGAUUCGGAGCUUUGACCAUGGCGCGAUCGCUGCAGGUGGCUGCAGAACAUGCGCCGAUGCCGUGGGAGUGGCGAGAGCCUAUCAUGGAGCGUGCUGCAUGGGCUGCUUGUCGCCUCGAUAUCAAUGCCUGGCCUUGCCACACGGGAGAGGGGCAGCGAGCUUGGCUGCGACAUGCUUGGCUCCUUGCCCGUGUCUCCUCGGCCGACACGCAGGCGAGCGCUCAGCGCAUCCUCAGCAGCGCUGUGGAGCCCACCUUUUCGCUCCCUGAGAGUGCCGCUCUCAGCCUCCUUGGAGCUUUUGCCGCGGCGCACUUUGACCUCGCUUUUCCCACCCCGGCGCUCCGCGGCGCGCUGACAGCGGUGGAACAGAUGCGGGAAGUGCGGCCCUGGCAGAGAGCGCUUCUCCUCCCAGGGCUGGCUGCUUCUGGCCCACUUUCUGCGCCGCUGCUGCAGCUGCAAAGCAGGUGUCUGGCCUUUGAAACCGACCUCGCUGAGCCCGCAGAGCUUGCCGUAGCUGGCCUGCUCCUCCUUGCCAAGGACGAGGCCGAGGCCGAUGCGCAAAGCUGCCAAGCCGCCGGGCGCCUUCUGCGGGAUGCGCUGGGCGGCGCCGUUGAGGCGGCUGCGCGGCUGCACGCUUGGAGCAACAACGAUUCCCUGUUGGCGCAGCGAAUCGAGGGGAUGUGCCAACUUGCCGUUUCUCUGUCGCAAGCAGACAGCUUGCUGCGCGAGAUCCCCUUUGAUGCAGAUGACAACGUCCUUCUGGAGGAGCCGCCGAUGGACCCGGAUGUACCUGAGGCGCAAGAACUUCCGGAAACACACUUCUGGGAUUCAAGCCUGGAGGCGGAAACCUUUGGUCUCAUCCUGCCAGAAGAUGUUCAUUUGCGAAUCCUGACUGAGCAAUGGUCCGAGGCUCUUGCAGCUGGAUGCAAAUGGGUCGAGACCCAGCGAUACCGCAGGAACAAUAUGAACAUGCUCAAGUUUGUCAAGGAUGGCUGCUGGUUGGUCUUCGGUUCCAAAGAACGACUGCAUGGUAUUGCGGUCUUGGAUGCUCCAGUGCAUCGCGCCUGCGCUGACAUUGGUACUAGCGGUGUCUUGGAUUCUGUGGCACCGCAGUUCCACGAUCGGUUUCGUCACUUUACGGUGCGAACUUUCGCCGACGUGUUGCGAGAAAGUGAAAAGGUCAGCAAUGAAGCCUUUGGCCUUAGGCUCGUGACUUACAGCGAGGUGAAGCGGCUGAUACGCAUCUGCCGGGGCCUUUUGGGUCUCAACCUUGGCGUGCGCGUGAACAAAGCCUUUCUUCUGCUCACCAAGCGCCCGGGCAGCAGCGGCUGCAGGUGUCUGCAGACCCUGCUGCUGCCGCAGCUGAGUUCCUACCAGCGCCUCUUCAAGCACUACGGGUACCGCGUGUAUUUCAUAUACAUCCUGCAGGUUCUGGGAAGUGACAUCUUCCAGCUUCUGAUUGCCAAGUGCAUCCAGUCGUACUACUAUGUCAACAACCUCUUGCUGCUCCUCUCUCUGGGUAGCUUCCUGCCCUUCCUGAGAGCCACCAAAGGUAAUCUCCCAGAUGCCAAUCAGGUGUACAAGCUGUGGACCUACAUCCCCUGUCCACCCAUGGCCACUUGGCUGUUUGAGGGGUCUGGCAGUCGGCGAGCAUCACUGAUUUCCAACGUGGCCUUGGUGCUGACGCUGGUAAUGCUGCUCAUCCUAGGCCGCGGGGAUCAGGGGUUGUGGGUGUUAAUCAAGGUCACCAGGUUGCUAGAAGGCAAAAGCCAGGCGUGA